ACCCGCCCGCGCGUACCCGCUCCUCAUCGCAUCAAUCACGCCUUCAGUCCCCCCUCCAUUUCCUUAUCUGUAGCGCCCCUCCGGAUCCUCUCCCCGAUUCCCCUUCCAUCCGCCGCCGUGGCGGUGUGCUCCUCGCCGCCGCUGCGCCCGACGAGGAUGCCCCUGUGCCGCACCGUGCGGGACCUCUGCGUCAUCGCGGGGGAUAUAACGGACGAUUUCCAUCAGCUUCGGCCUUCGAGGUCGUCGACCCCGCCGCGCCGCGCUCUCAGCCUCGUCGGGUUCCCGCCGCAGCGGGUGUGGGAGGCCGCGCUGCCGCAGCGGCCAGCUGACGCGGUAGGAGGAGGAAGACCGCCUGACCGGAUGCGCAGGGGCGUGCGGCCGGCUUCCCCACUCCGGCCUUCCCGCCGGCUCCUCCCUCCACGGCAGUUUCACCGGCUCGCGCCCUUUCCUCCCUCCCCUCCCGAUCCCUCGCGCGCGGCCGCCGUCGUCGCCGCCGUCUUCGUCACGUUCGACCUGCCCCCACCACGGAUCCCCACACGCGGUGCGCGAGUACCUCCUGCGCACCCUCGCUGUUGCCUGCGUCGCGUCCUCCCCCGAGACGGACGAGCAGAUGGGAUCGACGACGACCGGAUGGUUGCAGUGCUGGCAUCGGCGAGCAGGGCAAGCAGGGCUCCACUGGUGACGGAAGGAAUGGUGGUGUAUCCUAAGCAAUGGUUCCCUAGGCGGCAUGCGCAACCACGUCAGAGCAACAGCCAGCACGCCAGCGCGCUGUUCACCACCAGCUGCUGCAACCCAUUAGCCAUCCAUGUCUGUGCAGGUGGUGUAUCUAGCUAGCUGCAGUUGGGGCUAAUGAUGAUGUGCCUGCAUUUCUCCAAUCUAACACUUUAUUGAACUGACUAGAUGAGUUCUUUUCGUGGCUGUUUUCUGUUCGCGGAGUAUGUGGCUCACGAAUGGGAGAAGGCCCGGUCUUCAUGGAGUGUACGUGUGUGCGAAAAUCGCUGGUGAUAGUUGUGCGGGCGCUAACUAGCGGAGAGGCUACAUAUGGCCAUGUAAUCCUUGUGUAAGGUUGUUCGGUCCUUUUGAAGUUGAAUAGAAGCCAACAUAUAGACCGCCGAUCGGUCGGGGCAUUCAUUGCUAAAACUUGUGUCUCCUGUUUAUUGUCUUCCUCCAUGCGUCUUCGCGGGAGCGUGUGUGAUUAUAUGAAGCAUAUGUGAAAAUAAUAUCAUAAAAGAUGUACCAUAAAAUGAUGCACUUCAUAAAUGGAUAUCAGUUAAAGUAUUUA